AAUCGCGCUCAUAAUCCGCAGUUCGGUACUCAGCACUUGAGUUACUGACAGUACUUAGUUGUUCUGAUACUGUAUUAUAGUGUGGGUUGGAUGGUUUUUUUGAAUAGUCAUACGAAAUGAAUACUGAAUAGUUCUCUAUAGUGCGACGCUCGUGUUUACAAGCGAACGUUUCUAUUAUUUUAUUUUAUAAUUUAUAAUAGGACUGUGUGUGUGUUGUGAAUUUGUUUUUAUAAGUUUAUAAAUGUAAGAGAAAAUGGCUGCCAUCAAUGUUAUAUUUGGGUGUGUGAUGGCACUACUUAUUAUACUAUUUACAAUCAGCUCUAUCGCCAGAUAUUAUAUUAAGUUUACAUUAUUCAUCGUGUUAUCGCUAAUAUUUUCCACUGCACCCCUGCCGCUGAUGUUUUUAAGACCUUUUGACCCUAAAAAUGCAUUAAUCCCAGCGGCAUUACUCCGAAUGACGGCUCGAAUGAUCGGCAUCCGUUGGACGGUGCGCGGUCUAGAAAACGUUGACGACUCGAGAGGGGCUGUCGUUCUUCUCAACCAUCAGAGCAGUCUCGACUUAUAUGUGCUGGCAGUGCUAUGGCCGUUAAUGGCAAGGUGUACGGUGGUGUCGAAGCGCUCCCUGCAGUACUUGGUGCCAUUCGGCACCGCCACCUGGAUGUGGGGGACAGUGUUCAUAGACCGCGGCGCGAGCUCUGCGCGCUCUGUACUCAAUAAACAGUCUGAAGCUGUGAAAAACCAUAAGCGUAAACUGCUUCUGUUCCCUGAGGGUACGCGACACGGUGGAGACAAGUUACUGCCGUUCAGAAAAGGUGCUUUCCACGUGGCGUUGGACGCAGGAGCUCCUAUUCAGCCGGUCGUGGUGUCUAAGUACCACUUCUUGGAUUCCGAGAAUCGUAGAUUUAAUUCUGGAGAAAUAAUAAUAACGAUAAUGCCGUUAAUCGAAACCGAGGGUACAAACAAAGACGAUAUUUCUACACUAGUGGAGACUGCGCAAAACAAAAUGCAAGAAGAAUUUAGCAGAACGUCCGAGGAGACAUUUCCGAGGUUUUCUAUGCACUAGAAAAGAUAGAAGGUAGUAGUGAUAAACGUAAAACGGGGCUGUGAUAAUUUCAAAUGUUCGUGGUACUAAAAUAUUAUUGUUGAAACAAUGUGUUAGGUACAUUUUAUUAUUAAAUACAAUAUAUUUAUAUUGAUAAAAUUUAAA